AUCGACAAGCGAGCUGGUGUCACCGUAGCGGAGUGCCCUGUCUUAACCCAGACCACGAGCACGCCCCUGCCGAGGAGCUUCCGCCAAACCCCCCCCAAAUCCACGCAUUGGAAAGCACCACCGCGGGACAGGCAGAACCUGUGCCAGUCGCCAUGGGCAACAUAUUCACCAACCUGCUGAAGAGCCUGAUCGGCAAGAAGGAGAUGCGCAUCCUGAUGGUGGGGCUGGACGCGGCGGGGAAGACCACCAUCCUCUACAAGCUCAAGCUGGGGGAGAUCGUCACCACCAUCCCCACCAUCGGGUUCAACGUGGAGACGGUGGAGUACAAGAACAUCAGCUUCACGGUGUGGGACGUUGGCGGGCAGGACAAAAUCCGGCCCCUCUGGAGGCACUACUUCCAGAACACGCAGGGCCUGAUCUUCGUGGUGGACAGUAACGAUCGGGAGCGGGUGAACGAGGCGCGGGAGGAGCUCAUGAGGAUGCUGGCUGAGGAUGAGCUGCGGGACGCCGUGCUCCUCGUGUUCGCCAACAAGCAGGACCUGCCCAACGCCAUGAACGCGGCGGAGAUCACGGACAAGCUGGGCCUGCACUCCCUGCGCCACCGGAACUGGUACAUCCAGGCCACCUGCGCCACCAGCGGGGACGGCCUCUACGAGGGCCUGGACUGGCUAGCCAAUCAGCUCAAGAACAAGAAGUGAGGCCGGCCCUCGGGAGG